CCCUCAGUGUUAUUCAGCUCUCGGCCUCUAGCAGGCCUGCGCAUAUCGCGAGAGCGGCUCCGGUGUGUGACUGGCUGUCGGGGCGGCAGCAGCAGCAGCAGCAGCUUCAGCGAGAGGGCUGAGGGAGACGGAGAGGAGGAACGCGGGCAGGCUGCAUCAUGGCGGACAGAGACAGCGGCAGUGAGCACGGUGGAUUCGCCACGGGCGGCGGCGGUAUAGGAGGUGGCGGCCCCGGAGGUGGCGGCCCCGGAGGCGGCGGCGGCCUGGGCCUCCCGCACCCGGGCGCCGUGGGCGCAGCGUCGCGUCUGCAGCACGACACCGAGGAGCUGGCCUCGAAGCGCGUCGACAUCCAGAACAAGCGCUUCUACUUAGACGUGAAGCAGAACGCCAAAGGCCGCUUCCUGAAGAUCGCAGAGGUUGGAGCCGGAGGCAACAAGAGCCGCCUGACGCUCUCUAUGUCCGUGGCCGUGGAGUUCCGGGACUACCUGGGCGACUUCAUCGAGCACUACGCACAGCUCGGGCCCAGCCACCCGGACACGGCGCAGGACGAGCCGCGGCGGGCGCUAAAGAGCGAGUUUCUGGUGCGCGAGAAUCGCAAGUACUACAUGGACCUGAAGGAGAAUCAGCGCGGCCGCUUUCUGCGGGUUCGACAGACCGUUAACCGGGGCCCCGGCCUGGGCACGGCGCAGGGCCAAACCAUCGCGCUGCCGGCGCAGGGGCUUAUCGAGUUCCGCGACGCGCUCGCCAAGCUCAUCGACGAUUACGGGGUGGACGAGGAGCCCGCCGAGCUGCCCGAGGGCACGUCGCUCGCCGUGGACAACAAGCGCUUUUUUUUCGACGUGGGAGCCAACAAGUACGGCGUGUUCAUGCGCGUGAGCGAGGUGAAGCCCGCCUACCGCAACUCCAUUACGGUGCCGUGCAAAGUGUGGUCCAAGUUCGGCGCCACCUUCUGCAAGUACGCGGACGAGAUGAAGCGGAUCCAGGAACGGAGCAGGGAGCGGAGGGCGCGCGAGCUCCUGCCCGAGGGCCUGCACGGGGACGACGGGGACGAGGAUUAACCGGGGCACGGGGAGGGGGGCGUGAGUGCGUGCGAGCGUAGCUAUGUGUGUGAUGCUUCAGAGACAGUGAGAGACAGACAGACAGCACGUGAGGAAACAGCGAAUGACAAUGUAAACAAACAUUGUGCACUGUACCAGAAAGGAAAAGGCACGAGGCGGAGUUUGCACGGUAUCGUCCCGCACUCAACCCGCGCUCAGCCCGCACUCGCUCGCGGAGGCGUUGGGGCUCUUUUUUGCCACCCGUCUUCUGACAGACCCCGCCUCCUGCGCGCGGAUUGGCCGGCUGUGUCCGGCCUCCUGCGCUGGAACUGAUCUAGAAGUAGGUCCUCUUCCUGGUCUACUACCACUGUUAGGAAUAGUAGGCUCUCCCUCUUGCACUGGUAUUAGACACGGGCGCCCUGCCUUGUGUGCUACGAUUGGCUGUCCCCGUGGCUGUGCCCUGCGUCCUGCUCUGGGAUUGGCUGGUUGUGUCUCUUGGUCUGCGCUAGAAUUGGCUGGUUCUUUAUGCUGCUAAGCAGUCCACCGAAAGUAUGGACCACUAGCCAGUCUUAACGCGGGGAGGAGGCGUGGCUUAGCGGAAUGUGGGUGUGAAAAAAAAAUAAUAACAACGCUUCAAGGACUUAAAGAGCUGCAUCUAUCCCCAUACACACCACUUCCUCAACAUAAUAGAACAAACAAUAAGUCGCUGCUAUCAUCAGUACCAUGACGAUGGUCCGUCCAUAUGUCCAUCAUAGGUGGAGUGUCCUUUCCUGUGCUACCCCUGCACCCCCAUGCGCUUACAACACAAUACAUCUAAGCUAUUGAAUUACGACUCCAAAGUGAUAUAUAUAUAUAUAUAUAUAUAUAUAUAUAUAUAUAUAUAUUUGCUAGGAUGAAAACCUGUUUGCCGUUUGACUUCCAGCACAAAAAGCUACUGUAUUUAGGAAUCAUCUGAACCAAAACUGUAAUAGAAUCAAGUCUAGAUGGGAACAUACGCGUAGGAUACAAAGCACUGCUUGCAUCGGUGUGUACCACAGCAGAGGACUAACUGUGCACAGGCCAUGAACCUCUCUGCACAGUUGAGGGGAAACUUAAGAAAGCGGCUCCUUCUUUUCAGGGGCAGGGGUUUAAAAGAUGGAAUGGUGUUCGUAAGAUUUAGAAGUAAGAAAGGCUUUGCUAUUAAGACCGCUUAACCGCGUUUAUUUCUCUUAUAUAUAUACGUAUAUAUACACAUACGUAUAUAUAUAUAUAUAUACACACACACCCAAACACACACACACACACACACACAUAUAUAUAU